UCCAGGAUUCUACACCGAGAUGAAAACGUGCAAAUCAUUUAGUGCAUUUACCAGUAUUCACUGGAGUGGAAAUUUAAAUUUCAAACAGUUCAAUAAAAAAAUAAAACCAGUCCGACCUGAAACUGCACAGGCCUUUUUCAGCCUGGUAGCCGUCACAGAUUAUGACCGCGCCCUUAGAAAAAACACUGAAGCAUCUUGUGCUUCAUUAAAACUCCUGAUUGUUUUUUUUUUUCUCUCCUGCAGACUCCAGGACCUGUUCCAGCAGGAGAAGGGCAGGAAGCGUCUGUCUGUCCCGCCGAGUCCAGGCAGACACCGACCCAACACCACUGACGACACCAAGAGCGCUCUGGACUCCUCCCCUCGGAACCCGUCCCCUGUGGUCCAGAAUGGGGAGAAAGAGGACCGCCACCUGUGCCCACUGCCCUCAACCACCUCGUCCCUGCUUCCGUCACCUGGAGACCCCGGAGCUGAUUCCACCACAACUGGACCCAGUUUCAGUGAACCGGACUCUGUCAGCAUCCCAGAAGAUGUGUUUGAAGGCCACCUGCUGGGCUCCACUGACAGCCAGGUGAAGGAGAAAUCCACCAUGAAAGCCAUCCUGGCCAACUUUCUGCCCGGCAACAGUUACAACCCCAUCCCUAUCCCGUUUGAUCCAGAUAAACAUUACCUGAUGUACGAACACGAGCGGGUGCCAAUCGCCGUGUGCGAGCGUGAGCCGAGCUCCAUCAUCGCCUUCGCUCUCAGCUGCAAAGAGUACAAAACGGCGCUGGACGACCUGUCCAAGUCGUCCAGCGCAGCCGGGGACGACGCUCAGCAGCCUGCCAGUGCGGAGAGUCGGGUGAAGAGCAGCCCUGCGAGGCCCAGCGAUUCUCUGGCGGCGCAGCAGAGUCGCAGCAGCGCCGACGGCGAGCCUCUCAAGGAUGCCGAUUCAGCAGAUAAGCAGAAGAAACAGACGGUGAACCCACACAUCGAGCUCCAGUUCUCAGACGCCAACGCCAAGUUCUACUGUCGGAUCUACUACGCCGAGGAGUUCCACAGGAUGCGUGAGGAGAUCAUGGAGAGCAGCGAGGAGGACUUUGUCCGCUCGCUGUCCCACUGUGUGAACUGGCAGGCCCGGGGAGGGAAGUCCGGAGCCGUCUUCUACGCCACUGAAGACGACCGCUUCAUCCUGAAGCAGAUGCCCCGGCUGGAGGUCCAGUCCUUCCUGGACUUUGCUCCGCACUACUUCACCUACAUCACUGGAGCUGUGCAGCAGAAGCGGCCGACUGUGCUGGCCAAGAUCCUGGGAGUUUACCGGAUCGGAUACAAGAACUCCCAGAACAACGCCGAGAAGAAACUGGACCUGCUGGUCAUGGAGAACCUCUUCUACGGCCGCAAAAUGGCUCAGGUGUUCGACCUGAAAGGCUCUCUGAGGAAUCGAAACGUGAAGACGGACUCCGGGAAGGAGAGCUGCGAGGUGGUUCUGCUGGACGAGAACCUCCUGAAGCUGAUCCAUGACAACCCGCUCUACAUCCGCUCCCACUGCAAGGCCAUCCUCAGGGCGGCCAUCCACAGCGACGCCUACUUCCUGUCCAGCCACCUCAUCAUCGAUUACUCCCUGCUGGUGGGGCGGGACGACGCCACUGACCAGCUGGUGGUGGGGAUCAUAGAUUACAUCAGGACAUUUACCUGGGACAAGAAACUGGAGAUGGUCGUCAAAUCCACUGGAAUUCUGGGAGGCCAAGGGAAGAUGCCCACCGUGGUUUCACCAGAGCUGUACAGGGCUCGCUUCUGCGAGGCCAUGGAUAAAUACUUCCUGAUGGUGCCGGACCACUGGACCGGCCUGGGGAUCAACUGCUGAGCCCGACCCGACACCCAGCAGUCCACUCCUGGCUCGCCGUCAUUCCACAGCGUUCAUUCUGCCUUGCUCGACGCGCUGCAGCGACUCUGGACCCCCCGGUGCUGCAGAGAGGUUCUGGUUUUCUGCUUGGUUCCAUUUACUGAGUGGACCUUCGGAAACAUUCAGCUGAACAAACCGCUUCCUGUAAUUUAAUGUUUGUAUUUGUACAGAGAUUAUGUGACUAUUAAAGAUUAUUAACACAGCA